AUGGGCGAGAAACACCCUCUCCCCGUCCACUCGCCGUCGAACCCUCCUCGUCCGCCUCCUCCACCGGCUCACCAGCGCGAACCGACGACCGAAGUCCGCCCGCUGACCGCUCAACAACCUCGCAUGCCCGUCGCCCCGACCCCGCAGGCGCCCGCUGCCCGCCCCUCACCCGCACAAGCAGGCAGACUCGUCACCUCGUCGUCGUCGUUCCUCACGAAGAAGAAGAAGCGCAAGGGCAAGAAAGGGCGUCAGAUCAACAAGGAUGCGGAUCUCGAAGUCGGGGCGGUCGAGGGAGGAGGGACCGGGAGGGUCAUCGUCCCUCCCUCGGCGGGGAGCGGACCUGGUGGAGCGAGUGCAGCGGCGGCAGCGGGCACGUACAAGCAGCCGAGGGUCAAGGUGCGCGUCAAGGGACCGAGUAGCGGUCGGAUGGCGCUCCCGAGCCAGUCCAGGUCAUUCCGGAACAAGAAUGGCGGCCCUUCCUCGUCCAAAUCCGCUUCCCUCCCUCAAGCAACCCCCGACCACUACCGGCCCGUGCAGACGUCCGACGGGUCACUCGCCUUUACUCGCUCGCGCGGAAGCGAGUUGGACCGCAGCAUCGCCGCUGUGUUGCAGAAGCGUCCUGCUGAGAUCCUCGACGAGUACGAGAAGGACAGCAGGACCAAGAGGCAGAAGACGGCGGCGGAGGAGCUCAAGAGGUUGAUGCUGGCUGAGGAGGACGAGGACGAGAAAGGGAACGAGUCGGACGAGGAGAGCUUGGCGGGUGGACUCGCCGGCGGCGCAAAGGACGACGAGGCGUGGGUCGAGGAGGACGACGACCUCGUCGUUCAGCCAUCCGUUCCGCCUUUGAUGCCCGCGCAUCAAGCCGCGAAUGAGCCCGCCACUCUCGACCUCUUCGCGACGCCGUCGACCGCUCCGCUCUUCCCGCCCAUCAAGCCGUUCGUUUUCCCGGCUCCGACGAAGCCGACGCCCGCUCAGCCGCGCGCCGUGCCGACGGUUCAGCGCGAUGUCAUUACACAAGGCUCGCUGGUCCAGCACCGCGAGGCGGAGGUUCAGCCGGUCGAUGUCGAGAAUGUCGCCGAGGACGAGGAGCACGCAGCGACCUCCUCGCUCCCCGCCGUCGAAAGCAUCACGUCGUCGGCUUCCGCCGAGCUCGCUCCAGCCGAGGACGUCAAACUCGCCGCCAAAUCCGCCGCCGCCGCCUCCGCUCCCAUCGCCCCUCUCCCCCGAGCGCUCCCCCUCCCCUCCGCAACCACCCUUCCCACCCCAGCCCUCCGGUCCGCUGCCCUCCUCCUCGCCACAAAGCGCCGCAAACCCCUCACCAAAGCGCGCAAAGCGCGUCUCCGUCGUGCGCCGCAGCUGUUUGACUAUUUGUCGGAUCAGGAGAGUGAGGAUUGGGAGGAUUUGGAUGUGGGUGGGGAGAAGGAGUGGAUGAAGAAGAGGCCGAAGAAUGGGAGGGCGAUGGAGGGGAGGAUGGACCCGCUUGAGAAGGAGGAUGAGGACGAGGAGGGGAAGGUCAAGGUUGACAGGGAUAUCCUCCCCUCGGCCCGCGCGCACGUCGACAAGCUCGUUCCGACGAGCUAUCAGACUGCGUUGCUCGAGCGCGCCAAGAAGGGCAACUUGAUCACCGUCCUUGGAACGGGCUCCGGCAAGACGCUCGUCGCUGUCCUCCUUAUCGAAUGGCAGCACAAGACGGUUGAGGAAGAGCGCAUCAAAGCUGGCCAGCCGAAGCGCAUGCAGUUCUUCCUCACAAACUCCGUCCCGCUCGUGCACCAGCAAGCUAACACGCUCGCAUGCAACACCUCCCUCCGCGUCGGCAAGCUCUUCGGCGCUCUUGGCGUCAACCUCUGCAGUCCCUCCGAAUGGGCUUACAACUUCGAGAACUUUGACUGCCUCGUUGUCACCGCCCAGCUCGUCCUCGACUCGCUCGCCCAUGGUUUCUUGCGUAUGGAGCAGAUCGCGUUGUUGGUGUUUGAUGAGGCGCACCAUGCAAAGUCGAAUCACCCUUUCGCCAGCAUCCUCCGCGACUUCUACCAUCGCGCUCCCGUCAACCAGCGCCCUCGCAUCCUCGGCUUGACCGCCUCGCCGCUCGACAGCAAUGAGGGCGUCGAAGAGGCGAAGAAGCUUGAGGCGUUGUUCGACGCCAAACUUGUCAGCGCGCCGCCCGAGACACAGGCCGAGCUCCGCGCGAUGGUCGCCCGCCCGACCAUCCUCCGCGUUGACUACGACCCCGCCCCUUCGUACUUCCGCACCGACCUCUUCGACAAGGUCAUGUCGAAAGUCGUCAUCCAGGACGACACCUUCAAGAAGUACUACCAGGGCGCUGAGUCCGUCUUGCGCGACUUGGGACCCGACGCGGCAGACUUGGUCUGGCAUCUUGCGCUUCAGCGCUACAAGGCCAAAUUUUUGCCUCACCUCCCGCCUUCGGACGUUGAGGACGACGCGGACGAGUCGGCGAUGGAGGUUGAGCGCGAGUUGCUCGGCUCGAAGAUGGCUUCGACCUCGCUCGACAACGGAGAAGGAGGAGCGUGGGACGGAAGGGCGGUGAUUGAGAGCGGGAGGGAGGCGAGGAAGGUCACCAAGGCGGAACAGAAGAGGCUCGCGAGGAAGGAGGAGAAGCAGCGCAUCAGGAACGAGCUGAGGGAGAAGGCGCUCGAGGAACUCAACCUCGAGUUGCCGGACUGGCUCAGGAUCAUCAAGGAGCACACGCCGUCGCUCGACUACGAGCGCCUCUCGCCGAAGCUGCAGAAGCUCCUCGACCUCCUCAAGGCGUGCAGGCCUGGCGCCGACGACUUCUGCGGCAUCAUCUUCGUCAACCGCCGCCUUGAUGCGCUCGUCAUCGCUCAGAUCAUCAAAGAGUUCGCCAAGCUCGAGCCUGACCUCGCCUGGCUCAAAGUCGACUGCGUCACCGGUCACGGCACGGGCACCGGCAACGCUCUCGGUCCUCGCAUGGCCUGGCACGAGCAGGCGGCCGUCCUCACCGGUUUCGGUGAAGGCGAGACGAACCUCCUCGUCGCAACGAGCGUCGUUGAAGAAGGCCUCGACGUCCAGCCGUGCAACUUUGUCGCUCGCUUCGACCUGUACACGAGCCACAUCGCCUACAUCCAGAGCCGCGGACGUGCGAGGGCGCCUGGAUCACACUACCUCUUGUUCCUUGAGAAGGGCAACCUCGAGGAGAAGAAGAAGCUCCUUCAGAUCGCCCACUUCGACCGCGAUCUCUUCACCUUCUUCGAGCGCAUUCAGGACGAGAUCGAGGACGAGGACGAGGACUUCUACGGUGCUGCCGACGAACGCUGCACCUACCUCGUCGAGUCGUCGACUGGAGCCGUCCUCACUCCGCACUUCUCCCUCAGCCUUCUCCAGCGCUACUCCAAUUCGCUUCCCAAGUCCGACGAGUUCACCGUCACUCGCCCGCAGUACACAAUCAAUGACUACGGUGUGAACGAGUUUGGCGCUCGCCAGUUCUCGUGCACGAUCGUCCUGCCGAGCGCUUCCAAGGUCCGCGUCGUGACGGGCCCGCUCUGCGAGACGCAGGCUGCGGCGAAGCGCUCGGCGGCCUUUGCGACGUGCAAGGUCCUUCGCAACGUUGGCUGCCUCGACGAGCACUUCCUCCCGCCGCGCACCUUCCCGGACGAAGAAGUCGUCGACGCCGAUACCGGCGAGGUCGUCGGAUCGAAGAAGCGCCAGUGCGAGUACGAGAAGAAGGUCCCCGAUGCCUUAAUCCCUCGCAGCCCUUGCGGCGACGUCACGACGUUCUACGCGACCUUCUUGCACUACGGCAGCAGCAACGGCGAGACGACGAUCUCUGGACAGCGUUAUCGCCCCGUCCUCUUCCUCACCCGCAACCCACUUCCGCCAGUCGACCCUCUCACGAUGUACCUCGCCGGCGAGCCAGUCAAGAUCUUCGCAACGCCUGUCGGUGCCAUCCCGCUGACGACCGAACAGCGUCGUCUAAUCACCGACUGGGACGUCCAGCUCUGGCAGUCGGUGCUCAACAAGCCGCUGCGUGUUGCGCGCGGCAUGGUCGAGGGAGAGGAGGGAAGGACGCCGCUUGACCUCAUCUGGCUCAUUGCGGCGGUCAAGGACGGUAUCGAGAUCGGGACGAGCGGCAUCAAGGUGGACGACGUCAACUGGGACGGCAUGAGGAGGAUCAAGGAGGUGAAGCUCGACCACAAGAACCUGAGCGGCCUCGAGGACUCAGUCGUUAUCGACAUGGCCAAGAACGGAUGCAGGUACUUCUUCGAGCGCAUUCGUCAGGACUUGCACCCGUACGAGACCCUGCCGCCAGGCCGCCAGUCGGAUGCCGGCUUCUCUACCCUCAUGGACUACUACACGUCCUUCAAUGAGCCUUUUUUCCACUCCGUCCGCGUGGACCCGGAUCAGCCUCUACUCGAGAUCAGCCGCAUGCCCAAGACCGUCACGCACCUCAACAAGACGCCAAAGAACGACGUCACGCCGACCGCAAAGAAGCUCCUCGCCCAUGCGACGCGCUUCGCCAUCUCGCAGGCCUGCUACAAGCAUCCGCUCGCUGCGUCCAUCUUCAGAACGGCUCUCAUGCUCCCCUCCAUCAUUACCGACCUCGAGCAGAGCAUCCUCACCGCGGAGCUGAACGAGAAGGUCUUCGGCAACGCGCUGGCCUUUCCGCUCGUCAAGGCCGCGCUCACGACGCCGUCGGCCUCAAUCGGCAUCGACGGUGACCGCCUCGAGCUCCUCGGCGAUGCUCUCCUCAAGCAUAUCAUCUCGACCUUUGUCUUCGUCUCGCAGGACCGCACGACGCACGAGGGCGUGAUGCAUCGUCUCCGCCUCGCACUCGUCAACAAUGCGUAUCUCUGCGCGGCGGGCAAGAAGCUCGCCAUUCCCUCCUACCUCGUAUCGCGCCCCUUCACGAGUCGCCACUUCCUCCCGCCGAACCUCUGCCUCGUCGACAGCAAGAACACUCCUCCGCCCUCAAUUGCUGUCAUCGGCGACAAGACGAUCGCCGACGCCGUCGAGGCGCUCGUCGGUGCCGCCGUCGAGACUGGCUUCGAGGAGGGUGAACUUCACAAGGCAUACGACCUCGCUCUUGCGGCCAUCAAGACUAUCGGCAUCGAGAUCGGCUCCGUCACGGUCUGGAACGACUUCGCUCGCUUGUACGGGCCGAUCGGCGAGGAGAGGGAGGUCGAGGGCGAGAGGACCCUCAUUGAGAAGGCUAUCGGCUGGAAGUUCCGCCACGCCUUCCUCGCGACCGAGGCGUUCACGCACCCGUCGAGGCUCGACAUGGUCUCGUUCGAGCGUACCGAGUGGCUUGGCGACGCCAUCUUGGACGUCUGCGUCGUGAGGUGGACGUGGAAGAGGUGGGGCGAGGAGCUUGGUCCCGGCACGCUUACUGAACUCAAGGGCGGAUGCGUGAGCAACGACACUCUCGCCGCUCUCGCCGUUGAGCUCGACCUCGACAAUUUCCUCAUCUACAAUCAUCCGACGCUUGAGAUCAACAUCAAGCUGUACAGGGAACGCUUGCUCGAGGCGAGGGAGAAGGAGUUCAAGGAGGCGGCGGAAGAGCAGCGUUCGCUCCGCCCGUACUGGCUCACGCUUGACCCGCCAAAGGCCGUCGCCGACAUCAUCGAGUCGCUCUUCGGCGCAGUCUACAUCGACAGCGGCUUCGACCCUGCUGCGCCGCAACAGAUCUUCGACCACUGCCUCGCGCCGUUCUUCCAGAAGUGGAUCUCGCCGACCUCGCUCAAGCUCGACUGUAUCCGCAUUCUCCUCGAGAGGGCGCAGGCGGCUCAGUGCGAUGACGUCUCGCACGUCUCGUCCACCCUCGAACCUCGCUUCGACCAGAAGACCGGCGAGCUGAUCAGCCGCCUCACCCGCACGUCGGUCGUUGCGCACAACAACAUUCUCGGGACCAUCGAGUCGGGCAACCCAAAGACGGCGAAGCGUCUCGCUUCCGACCUCGCGCUGUCCUACCUCGACCAGAACCCCGGCUUCUUUUCCUACGUUUGCGACUGCUCGACUCGGCGCAACCUCGCCCGCGAACUCGCCGAGGAGGAGGCAGAGCGGUUGAGGAACGAAGGACUAAUCUCGGAUAUCGACGAGACGGACGUGAGUGAGUACGAGCAGGAUGUCGAGGGGAAAGGCGAAGGAGACGCGACGAAGGGGGAGAUGGAGGUCGACGCUUGA